AUGAAGAGGCUGACUGUUGGUUCCUUGGUAACACCUGAAUACAAUGGAUGGUUUAGGAAACGGGUCAAUGAUAAUAUUCCUAGACCAAGUUUGGAAAGCGCUCGACCAAUGAAGGAACAGUUACAAAUUGCCCCGUCAGAGUUGGAAACUAUAAAUCAAGAUUUUGAGAAAAAGAGUUCUGAGUUUGGGAAGAAGAUCGAGCAGUUGGAAGAAGAAAAGAUGCACCUAAAGUUAGAUGUGGAGAUUCAAAAGUCAGAGGAGGAAAAGUUACUGAAAAGGAAGAAUGAAGUUGAGGAAGAUUUGGAAAGCUUGAAAACAGAUUACAAGAAGUUACGCUUGUUGAUGAGGACUGUUGGAUUAGGAAAGACUUCGGAACAAUGGCGCCAAGAAAGAAAUCUGUCGGAGAGUAAGAAUGAAAAAGAUGAAUUAAGAGCCAGAGUAGCGGAACUGGAGAGAUCUCUAUGUUUAUACUGGAAUCGCAAUUCUGUAACAGAGUUGAGAGCAAGUUUAAGUAAGAUCGAGGAAAUAAAAGGGAAAAUAGAAGAGUUAGAGGCAGCAUUGCAAAGUUGUGAAAUGAAGAUUGGGUUCUUAGAGGAAAAUGAGGAGCAAUGGAAGAAUCAGCUUUAUCAUUCUCAAGACCAAGUUAGAAAUAAGGAUUAUAUCAUGGGAGAAGCCGUAACACAAAUUCGAGAAGUAGCUGAUUAUUUGCAGUCUUUGGCGGUACAGACAGACGUAUUAAGUGUGAAGUACGAGUUGGAGUCAGAUAGGGGACAGGAAUUAGCUUCGUUGCUUAGGAAAAUUAAGGCCCUGAGUGUUAGGGCAAAGUCAUAUUUGUAA